CCUCAACACAAGGCAGCGUCUCAUGAUUCAUUCAGCCAAACACAGACAGCACCAGACGGGCUAGACAACAGGCACUCUUCCGAGCUGGGGAAUCAAGAGGCUGGGGGUCCAAACUCAGAGGAGCAAGUGUCCCACUGAAAGGCGGAACUAGCUAGCUUGUCAUGGCGGAGGUUGGAGAGGUUUUGAUGUCGGUUUUGUCCACAAUUCGGGUUCCGAAGCCCGGGGACCGUGUCCACAAAGACGAAUGCGCCUUGUCAUUUUCCUCGCCGGAAAGUGAAGGAGGCCUGUAUCUGUGUAUGAACAGUUUCCUUGGCUUUGGUGGUCAGUAUGUGGACAGGCACCAUGCCCGCACUGGCCAGAGGGCUUACUUGCACAUCACCCGGACUCGCAAGGCUAAGAAGGAAGAUGACAAUAACUCUGGAUCUGGACACCCGCCUAAGAAAAAGCCCACCAGAUUGGCUAUAGGGAUUGAAGGAGGGUUUGAUGUGGAGCAAGAUCAGUAUGAGGAGGAUGUAAAGGUGGUCAUUUUACCUGACAGACAGGAAGUGACAUCAGAUGAUCUUGGUACCAUGCCUGAUGUUGUGAGAGAGCGGGUGUCCCUGUCAAUGGCGGGUAUCAUGGCAGCCGACUCAGUGUCUCAUGCCUUACAAGUUCAACAGUGGGAUGGAGAGGUGAGACAGGAGUCGAGGCAUGCUGCUGACCUUAAACAGCUUGACAACGGAGUCAAGAUCCCUCCAAGUGGCUGGCGUUGUGAGGUGUGUGACCUCCAGGAGAAUAUUUGGAUGAACCUGACGGACGGCAAAGUGCUGUGUGGUCGCAGGUAUUUUGAUGGUACCGGGGGCAACAACCAUGCUCUUCUCCACUUCCAGGAGACAGGAUACCCACUUGCUGUCAAACUCGGUACCAUCACUCCCGAUGGAGCAGAUGUGUAUUCCUAUGACGAGGAUGACAUGGUGCUGGAUUCCAAGUUACCAGAGCACCUGUCUCACUUUGGCAUCGACAUGAUGACCAUGGAGAAGACUGAGCGGACGAUGACAGAGCUGGAGAUUGCUGUGAACCAGCGUGUGGGGGAGUGGGAGGUGAUCCAGGAGUCGGGGACCACCCUAAGGCCCCUGUUUGGCGCCGGUUUGACUGGGAUGAAGAAUCUGGGCAACAGCUGCUACCUCAACUCUGUCAUGCAAGUGCUCUUCACCGUUCCGGACUUCCAGAGCAAAUACGUGUCUAACAUCGACAAGAUUAUUGAUGAAGCCCCGAGCGACCCCACCCAGGACUUCAAAACCCAAGUAGCCAAGCUCGGCUACGGUCUGUUGUCAGGAGACUAUUCCAAACCAGCACCAGACCCUGGAGAUGAGAAUGGUGCAUCUGAACCCAGGGGAGACCAAAUCGGUAUAGCACCGCGAAUGUUCAAAGCACUUGUUGGGCGGGGCCACCCAGAGUUCUCCACCAAUCGACAACAGGAUGCUCAGGAGUUUUUAUUGCACUUCAUAAACAUGGUGGAGAGGAACUGUCGCUCUGGGUCCAACCCAUCUGAAGCCUUCAGGUUCCUGGUGGAGGAAAGGAUUGUGUGUCAGCAAUCACAGAAAGCCAAGUACACGCAGCGGGUGGAUUACAUCGUCCAGCUGCCUGUACCGAUGGACCAGGCUACCAACACAGAAGAGCUUCAGGAGGCAGAACGCCGGCGUGAGGAGGGGGACUCAUCAUCCCCUGUGGUGCGUGCACAAAUCCCCUUCACAGCCUGCAUGGCGGCCCUCAGUGAACCAGAGAUCCUCACAGACUUCUGGAGCUCGGCUGUGCAGUCGAAGACUACUGCUACCAAAACAACCCGCUUUGCCUCUUUCCCCGACCACCUCGUCAUCCAGAUUAAGAAGUUCACCUUUGGCCUUGACUGGGUGCCCAAGAAACUGGAUGUGAGCAUCGACGUACCAGACACCCUGGACCUGAGCGCGCUCCGUGCGACUGGCCAGCAGCCAGGGGAGGAGCUUCUACCAGAGGUGGCCCCACCCCCACUCAUGACCCCAGACGUGGAGGUUAAAGGUAUCCUGGGUUUCCAUGGCAACGAGGAGGACGACUCUCUAUACUCCCCACUGCUGUCUCCAGUCCUUGACGACUCCACUGUGUCCCAGUUAUGUGAAAUGGGAUUCCCACUGGAGGCCUGCAGGAAAGCAGUGUACUACACUGGGAACACUGGAAUCGAUGCUGCCAUGAAUUGGAUCAUGGGCCACAUGGAUGACCCAGACUUCGCAGCCCCCCUGGUGUUGCCAGGCUGCAGCUCCGGCCCCGGGACCACACCCACAGAGAGCCUCUCUGAGGAGCACCUGGCAACCAUAGUCUCCAUGGGCUUCAGCCGGGACCAGGCCACCAAAGCACUUCGAGCCACGAGUAAUGUCCUGGACCGGGCAGUGGACUGGAUCUUCUCCCACCUGGAUGACCUGGAGUCCAUGGACGUGUCCGAGGGCGGUCGCUCAGCAGCGGAGAGCGAGGGCGGCAGGGAUCCUCCGCCUGGGCCUCGCGUCAGAGACGGACCAGGAAAAUAUGAGCUGUUUGCGUUCAUCAGUCACAUGGGGACGAGCACAAUGUGCGGCCACUACGUCUGUCACAUCAAGAAGGAUCAGCAGUGGGUUAUCUUCAAUGAUCAGAAGGUCUGCGCUUCAGAGAAACCUCCCAAAGACCUGGGAUACCUCUACUUCUACCGGAGAGUGGCUGAAUGAGACAACAAGGGAGCGUUGCACGUGAAGGAGGAGUAAUGUGGACGCUAACACAAACACACCAGACAACAUUCAUAGUCGCACUCCACCAAGGUCUUACAAAUGCCCUGGCACGCUUCACAACUGACAAAAGUGUAAAUAAAUCUCUCAGAUUGCAUAUAUACACGAUUAAAUAAACUGGAGCAGAUGUACAGAUAAGGUGUUGGGGUGGGAGGGGGGGGAGAUUUUUCCUUUUGAUCCACUGAUUACAAACCAUCGGCCCGUUCAAAGAAGCAGAUUCAGCGAGUUACUUGGACAAAUAUGCUGAGUAAAACCAUCUGAAACACCUGUCACGCCAGGUUUUACUCUGCAAACUUAUCCAAAUGAUUCAUGAAACCUGCUUCAUGGAACAGGCCCCAAACAUCAGAGGGUUGCUGAGUCCACUCACUCUUUGCUUAACUAUCACCUUUGUCCAUGUCCUGACUGCUGAUUUUCACUGCCAUCAGUAGUCACUGCCCCUUCCCGUCAAAAUAUGUCGCUUCCAGCCCCCUCUUUUUUUAUUGGACGGUUGCAGUUCGGUGUAACCGGUUUAGCUGUGUUCCAGCUCCUCCUCCGUUCAUUUCAGUGAGGAAAUAAAGAAAAGAAAAGAAUAACCUUGAACAUCCAUGAUGAGAGGAAGUGUCAGUAACUCAAAUGAAUAACCGCUAAAAUGUGUGUUACAAAAAGGAAAUAAAAAAAGUCAAGACACCAAAUGAACUUGUUUUUUUCUUUAAAGUUUGGUGAGGGUGAUAUCUGGGUGAUUUGUUUUAUUUUGUUUUUAUUUUGCAAACAAAUCCUUUGUUACUUCUGCUGUGACAAAUAAAGAAUUGUCUUUCUGUCA